GUCGCUGUGCGGCGAAGAUGGCGGCCUCCAGCUGGUCCCGCACGGCCGUGCUCUUGCUUUGUGUCUCUGAGCUGCUGUUGCUGCUGUUGCCGCCGCCGGGAACUUCCGCGGCUGAGAGUCCGGCCGGGACUCCUGGCGAGGCUAGUCCGCCCCCUCGGAAGAAGAAGAAGGACAUCCGCGAUUACAAUGAUGCGGACAUGGCGCGGCUUCUGGAACAGUGGGAGAAAGAUGAUGACAUCGAGGAAGGGGAUCUUCCAGAACACAAGAGACCCUCGGCCCCUGUGGACUUCUCCAAGAUAGACCCGGGCAAGCCCGAGAGCAUCCUGAAGCUGACCAAGAAGGGCAAGACCCUCAUGAUGUUCGUCACCGUGUCCGGGAACCCCACGGAGAAGGAGACAGAGGAGAUCACCAGCCUGUGGCAGGGCAGUCUCUUCAAUGCCAACUACGACGUCCAGAGGUUCAUUGUGGGAUCCGACCGCGCUAUCUUCAUGCUGCGUGAUGGCAGUUACGCAUGGGAGAUCAAAGACUUCCUCAUCAGUCAAGACAGGUGUGCUGACGUGACCCUGGAGGGCCAGGUGUACCCUGGCAAGGGAGGAAGCAGCAAAGAGAAGAAUAAAACAAAGCCAGAGAAGGGCAAAAAGAAGAAAGACGAUGCCGGGGCCCGGGCUGCCAAGGAAGACAACCGGGCUGGGAGCAGAAGGGAAGACUUGUAGCGGGGCAGCAUGGUGCCCUGCUGAGCAGCAUUCGGCCCACGCAGAGCCCUGGCUGGGCACGGGCGGGGCAGGCAGGGAGCGAGCACCGUGACAGGCUCCUACUUCCCAGAAGGGGUUAGCCGUGUGACCAGCGGGUGGUCACUGCAGGAUUACCAUUGAGAUGCUUCAGGAGGAUGAAGAGGUUUGAGUUUAUUACACCUGUGUUGCUCCGCCCCGCCCAGCCCGGUGAGUCAUGGACUUUGGGGUGCCACUCCCCUUUCAUUGUACCUGCCCUGUUCCGUGGCUUGCUGGGUCCCUGAUGGAUUGCUGUUAACCAAAAGGAGAGUGGGUUGAUGUCAGACAAGCUAUGAGGAUUCUUGGCUUCAUGUUGGAAGAGUUCACCUGUUUGUGCCACAUAUGUGACUCUCGCAAUGAAGGUCGGACACUGUGGGUGCUAUGCAGGUGACUAGCGUUCUGAGCCAGCCACCUGGCACCUGUGCAGGGAGCACAGAAGACAGACACUCGCCUCACCUGUCAGCUUGAAGCACUCUCCUCAAUUCCUGGGAACCCUGGGCCCUGGCAGGUUUCUGUGGACCCUGACAGCAGAAAGCUGGUGCUGGCGUAGCAGGUCACUCGUCACCUAGAGGUGACCAGCACAUAGUGCCCAAGUAGGAUGGCAGCAGAUCCUUCACCAGGGAGGGGCGGGAGGCCUGCCAACCUCACUCACAGUAUUUCUGAAGAUUUCCUUUGCUGAAGUGCCUCAAUUUGUGGUGUUUCUGUACGGUACUAACACGACGUGCCACUGUCCGUGCCUGCCCUUGCUGUUCCUGUGUUGGAGCCUGUUCUCAACAAGAGAAUGUUUUAUAUA